UCGCGAGACUUUCAAUUUUCGGUCAACGUUGUACAUUUGGGAACACCAGCAAACAUUCACAGCCUAUAGACUGCGUGUGAAACGUUUUCCUGAACACCAACAACAGUGUGUGGUGGGCGGACUGCGAAGUUUUUUUCCCAGCCUGGAUCGAGAAGAAGAAUAGAAACGCUGCAGGAGUGUUGAUGAAGCGAGCUUGCAUGGCCCAGCGGCAGGACGGUCGCCAUCUCUGGGUAAACACUGUAACACUAUCACGCAGAUGAUAUUGUAGUUUGUGGAUUGAAGCCGGAGCGCAGGCGGAAGGCGGGUGCUAUGCUGCCUGCAACAGCCUCGGCGGAUACACAGAGCUUCAAUGUAGGGCUGACGUUUCGUUUGUGCACGAUGGAUUGUCAUGUCAGAUGUUGGACGCACUGUGACCGCUGCUCUCAGUGACAUUUGUUUGUAAACUCCGGGGAAUGGAACUGCAUGCUUCGAAGAAAAUGGGAUUUUAAUGGUGCAAAGCGCGGACGCUAUAGCCUGUGCACUGCCAGGGGACUGUAGUACGCUUGGCAAUGUUUGCCAAGGAAUAAAACGGUGUAGCCGAAGGUGCGUUAACAUUUCGUUUCCAUGGACAACACGUCCAUAAUAACACAGGUUGCAAAUCCGAAAGAGGAGGAGAUCAUUUCUUCAGGUCAAGACAAAGUCUCCCAGUCCAACAGCAGCCUAAAGAAGCACCGGAGCCGGAGCAUUUUCAGUCCUUUUUUCUGCUGCUUCCGCAACUACAAUGACUACCACGUGGAGCCACCGCCUGCCAACAACAAAACACUUUGUCUGCCCCCACCACCGGAGGAGAAUGGAAGUCCUCCCAAGGCUCCAACCAAGUUCCUCCUGCCAGAGGUCAGUAUAGCAGACGACGGCAAGAACUGUGUGGUGAUCGACCUGGAUGAAACCCUCGUACACAGCUCCUUCAAGCCCAUCAACAAUGCAGACUUCAUUGUUCCAGUGGAGAUUGAUGGGAACGUUCAUCAGGUGUAUGUGCUCAAGAGGCCCCACGUGGACGAGUUCCUCCAGAAGAUGGGAGAGCUCUUUGAGUGUGUCCUCUUCACUGCAAGCUUAGCCAAGUAUGCUGACCCAGUGGCAGACCUGCUGGACCAGUGGGGGGUAUUUCGCGCUCGGCUCUUCAGGGAAUCCUGUGUUUUCCAUAGGGGAAACUACGUCAAAGACCUCAGCCGGCGGGGCCGAGAGCUCAGUAAAGUCAUCAUAAUAGACAACUCACCUGCCUCCUACAUCUUCCACCCUGAGAAUGCAGUCCCAGUGCAGUCCUGGUUUGACAACAUGGCAGACACGGAGCUGCUGGACCUGAUUCCUCUGUUUGAGGACCUCAGUAAAGAGGAUGACGUUUACAGCAUGUUACAAAGCCUGAGGAACAGGUAGCAGAUGGAGGUGACAGCUGCUCCUGUCGGCCUCAGCCCCAGCGCACAGAAGCCUCACCUCACUGUCGUGGCUCUGUAGCCUGGCUCCCGUCUUCUGAAAAGCCCUGGGAGCCCCAGCACAGCUCCCGACUAGAGGACCUCAGGCAAAUUAUCUGGUUAUAAUCAAAUCAGAACAUCUGUACGGAUUCUUGCCAUCUCUGCAUUUUCAGACCCAGUACAGGACUCCCACUGUACAUAUUACUGUACAUGCAUUUCUAAGAUCUAAACAUGCAUAAAGUAAUUUUUCUAUGAGAGAAAGGCGGAUUUACUAUUAUAUCAAGUAAUAUUUUAGUUACCAAAAAUAAACAACUACACAGAA